CCCCCCCACCCCCUUUGAAAAAAUCAUUUUUGGGGGCUGUUGAAGAGAGCUAGGACCCAGGAGACACCUUCCCAAACAGCAGGGGUUGUGUGCUUUCACAUAGCAGUACUGUACAAGGAAAACCCGACGGAUCUGUUAUUGCGGGAUACUUGUGAAAUAUACAUAGGAUUGAUUCUUUCUUAUGGCUGCAUUCCGGAUCUGGAAAUUUUACUUGGGGACCAGGCGGAAUUGAAAGCCUACAUGUAUCCAGAAGAUUUGCAAGUGAGACUCCGAUUCUUGUCAUAGAGCUCACAGACUUCCUCACUUAUCAGCCUUUUUCCUUCCUUUUUUUUUCUUAAAAGAAUUAUUUACCCUGUCCUGUUCCUGUGUUCUCCUCUCUCAGUCACUCCUUUUCUAUCUGCCUCUUCUUUUUUUUUCUCCCAGUCUUUUUCCCCUGCUCUGCACCUGGAUUGUAUCUUUUCCAAACAAUCGGGCACUUUGAGAACUAACUGGAGACAGUCUUGUAGGGGAAGAUCUGUAUGGAAUUAUCUGCUUUUAUGUUGAACUUGGCAUUUGUGAAUGGGUUCUUGUUCACAAUAUUAAUUGCUAACAAAAACAAGAAAAAGAGCCCAGGAGUAAAACGUGGAUUUUUCUGAAUACGCAUUGUGAUGACCAGCAAUUACCUUACCGACUAAUAUCCAGCGGAGAAUAAUUUGGAAGACAGUUGUGGGGAUCAGCCUUUAAGAGCUGGAAGAUGAAAGCUCCAAUUCCGCAUUUGAUUCUCUUAUACGCUACUUUUACUCAGAGUUUGAAGGUUGUAACCAAAAGAGGCUCUGCAGAUGGAUGCACUGAUUGGUCCAUCGACAUUAAGAAAUAUCAAGUAUUGGUGGGAGAACCUGUUCGAAUCAAAUGUGCACUCUUUUAUGGUUAUAUCAGAACAAAUUAUUCCCUUGCCCAAAGUGCUGGACUCAGUUUGAUGUGGUACAAGAGCUCUGGCCCUGGAGAUUUUGAAGAACCAAUAGCCUUUGAUGGAAGUAGAAUGAGCAAAGAGGAAGACUCCAUUUGGUUCCGGCCGACAUUGCUACAGGACAGUGGGCUUUAUGCCUGUGUUAUCAGAAACUCCACUUACUGUAUGAAGGUAUCCAUCUCACUGACAGUGGGUGAAAAUGACACUGGAUUCUGCUACAAUUCCAAGAUGAAAUACUUUGAAAAAGCUGAACUUAGCAAAAGCAAGGAAAUUGCAUGCCGUGACAUAGAGGACUUUUUACUACCAACCAGAGAACCAGAAAUCCUUUGGUAUAAGGAAUGUAGGACAAAAACUUGGAGGCACAGUAUUGUAUUCAAAAGAGAUACCUUGCUUAUAAGAGAAGUCCGAGAAGAUGACAUUGGAAAUUAUACCUGUGAAUUAAAAUAUGGAAGCUUUGUCGUGAGAAGAACUACAGAAUUAACCGUUACAGCUCCUCUGACUGAUAAGCCACCCAAGCUUUUGUAUCCUGUGGAAAGUAAACUGACAAUUCAGGAAACUCAGCUGGGUGACUCAGCUAAUCUAACCUGCAGAGCUUUCUUUGGGUACAGUGGAGAUGUUAGUCCCUUAAUUUACUGGAUGAAGGGAGAGAAGUUUAUUGAAGAUCUGGAUGAAAAUCGAAUUUGGGAAAGUGAUAUUAGAAUUCUUAAGGAACAUCUUGGGGAAAAGGAAGUUUCUAUCUCAUUAAUUGUGAACUCUGUGGAAGAAGGUGACUUGGGAAAUUAUUCCUGUUAUGUUGAAAAUGGAAAUGGACGUCGACAUGCCAGUGUUCUCCUUCAUAAACGGGAGCUAAUGUACACAGUUGAACUUGCUGGAGGGCUUGGUGCUAUUCUUUUACUGCUUGUUUGUCUGGUGACCAUCUAUAAGUGUUACAAGAUAGAAAUCAUGCUCUUCUACAGGAAUCAUUUUGGAGCGGAGGAACUGGAUGGAGACAAUAAAGAUUACGAUGCCUACUUAUCAUAUACCAAAGUGGAUCCUGACCAGUGGAAUCAAGAGACGGGGGAAGAAGAACGUUUUGCCCUUGAAAUUCUCCCUGAUAUGCUUGAAAAGCAUUAUGGAUACAAGUUGUUUAUACCAGAUAGAGAUUUAAUCCCAACUGGAACAUACAUUGAAGAUGUGGCAAGAUGCGUAGAUCAAAGCAAGAGGCUGAUUAUUGUCAUGACUCCAAAUUACGUGGUUAGAAGAGGCUGGAGCAUCUUUGAACUGGAGACCAGACUUCGAAACAUGCUUGUGACUGGAGAGAUUAAAGUAAUAUUAAUCGAAUGCACUGAGCUCCGAGGCAUUAUGAACUACCAGGAGGUGGAGGCCCUCAAGCACACCAUCAAGCUCCUGACGGUUAUUAAAUGGCACGGACCAAAAUCCAACAAGUUGAACUCUAAGUUCUGGAAACGUUUACAGUAUGAAAUGCCUUUUAAGAGGAUAGAACCCAUUACACACGAGCAGGCUUUAGACGUCAGUGAGCAGGGGCCUUUCGGGGAACUGCAGACUGUCUCGGCCAUUUCCAUGGCUGCGGCCACCUCCACCGCUUUAGCCACUGCCCAUCCAGAUCUCCGUUCUACCUUUCACAACACGUACCAUUCACAAAUGCGUCAGAAACACUACUACCGAAGCUAUGAGUACGAUGUACCUCCUACCGGCACCCUGCCUCUUACCUCCAUAGGAAAUCAGCAUACCUACUGUAACAUCCCUAUGACACUCAUCAACGGGCAGCGGCCACAGACAAAAUCGAGCAGAGAGCAGAAUCCAGAUGAGGCCCACACAAACAGUGCCAUCCUGCCACUGUUGCCAAGGGAGACCAGUAUAUCCAGUGUGAUAUGGUGACAGAAAAGCAAGGGACAUCCCUUCCCUGGGAGUUAGAGUGGAAUCUGCAGUCCAGUGCCUGGAACUAAAUCCUCGACUGCUGCUGUUAAAAACACGCAUUACAAUCUCUAGAACACGAGGAAAAACAGGGUCUUGUACAUAUGUUUUUUGGAAUUUCUUUGUAGCAUCAGUGUCUUCCUGUUUUACCAUGUCUCUUACCAUUCCUUUUUUUGACUUUGUUUUAUAUGUUAUUGGAAUUUGUAAAUUUACAUUUUUUUUAAAGAAGAGACUUGAUGUGUAGAUAGAAAACUCUUUUUUUUUUGGCUUCAUUAGUUUAGUUUUAGAAUGGGUUUUUAUUUCCUUUUUUAAAUUUUUUAUUUUGCUUUUAACAUUUCCUUGGGGUGCUUGGACAACCCUAUCUGAUGGGACAAGGAGCACCGGAUCCUCUCUCGGGUUCUGCCUAGGAUCUGCCCGGCCACAUCAGCCUACAGAAAGCAGUGCAACGGCCGCCAGCAUUGCCAUUUGCAAAACAAGAAUGAGAAAGAAAGAGAGAGAGAGAGAAAAAGAGAGAGAGAGAGAGAGAGAGAGAGAGAAAGAAAGAAGAACAUUUGUUCAUAGGAGGGCCCCGCCAGGCAGAGCCCUGAAUCUUCCUUGUCCCACUUCAUUCCCACCUCUACCCUUCUAAUGGCAGCAUGAUGUGUAAACUCUGCAGAGGGGUGGGGGUGGGUCUAACUGUCUUAACAUUUAAUUCACUGCUGUUCAGAAUACACUCUAGACCCAAAGGUGUGCUAGUCACCUGACAGUGACCACUAAAAUGUGCUAAGAAAAGAAGAUCAAGGGCACGAAAAUGGGGAGAGUGUUAUUUCUGUUUUUCAAAUGAGUUGAUGUAUCCUUAUAUAUAUAUAUAUAUAUAUAUGAAUAUAUAUAAAACAACAAAACAAAACAAACAAAAAAACAAAAAAAAGAGAAAAAAAAAACAACAAAAAAAAAUCAAGCCCUAUAUUUGAUCACUUCCUGGAAAGGCAUGAAUGUGUUUGUGGCUAUUUUUGUUUAAUAUUCUACUUCCUCUUUUCCCUCUAUAAUUUUUCUGCAAAUGAGAUUAUGUGCAAAUACCAGGCAAGUUAACUCAAAAGGGUGAAUCAAGGAAAGUGAAAAGAAUUUUAAGUGGAAGGCUUCCAAAGCAAAGGAAGAAUAGGAUGUGUUAUCAAAUAUGUUGUGUCACCUUGUAUUAUACGAAAUGUUAUUUUCUAAAGAGUCAGAGAAAAUCUGUGAAACUUAUUGUGGAGUCCCCUUGUAUUUAAAUGUUAACUCGCUUGUAUUUAAUUUUUAAGGCUACAUUCAGAAUUAGGUGUUUUGUUCAGUCUGUGCACAUAAGCAACACUUAUUAAUAUCAAGGUGUUUAAAUAAGAACUCAGGAGGUCAAACAUAUGAAUACCAACAGAGAUCAGCAUUUUCAAAACAAAUAUUAUUUACGCAAAAUAGUUUUAAAAUUAGAUCAGAAAGCAUUUAAAGUAGUUAAUUUUACUGUAUAAAGAAUUAAUUUUUUAACUAUAUGAUUCUAUCUUUCAGAAAGAGAAAGCUGAUGCUCCCAGGACUUCCAUCACUUACCAUGUAGCUUUAUGUUUGAAAACAAUGACAUAAGCAGCUAAUUCAUAUACAUGAUAAGAACAAUACAAAAUCAAUAACAAAGGAACCUGGGAAGGACAGAGUUUUUAAAAGGAAAUAUUACCUAUGUAGCUUUUAGUUUAAAAAUGUGACAAAAAUACUGAUAGUAGAACUUAUUCAUCACUUUAAUGAUUCAUUGUAGGAACUUCCAUCACAGUCAUCACCUGUGGGUUCGUGUAGUGACUAUUGUGUGUUUGCUUUAUUCCUACCGCCAUAUAACAAGAAAACAAUUCUACAAUACUGCUCCAGUGCUAAGGUGUGAGUUGGCCACAAAAAGGAAAGGUGUAAUCUUCAAUAAAGGUCACUGGGGGGAUAAGAUAGAAAUGCAAAUAUCUGAGAAAUGAGUAUAAGCAUUUUGUUACAAUGAAAAGGUUUCGGUAUCUGUGGGACAAGGUAAAGGAGCCUUGGGAUGUACAUUAAUUUUUAUUGGCUUAAAAGUCUUUACUUCCCUGACAACUUGCCUGAGUCUUUCUCUACAAUCUGUCUUUAUUCCUGUGCUCCCCUUGGAUCUGUGUCGUAUUUUUGCAAAGCAGAAGUGAAGCUGCAAGGUCGUGUAAAACUUUAAGGUCAGCUUUAAACAUUGGGUUAUUUUUAGAAACUGAGAAGGCCGUUGUUUACUUUGUACUAUGGACACCUGUCAGGGACUGGUGGCAGUGAACCUCAUUGGACUGGAUACCAAACUCCCCCAGUACUCAGAAAUGUGGAAACGUGGCAAUGGCCUGGUUUAUGUUUUUGGGUUUUAUUUUCUUAUUUUUCUUCUUAAGUGCACGAUGGAAGUGUGGAAUAAAUGUAGAGGAAGUAAUCAGACCACAGUCAUAUUUUAGGCAUCCAUAGGUGUUAAUUUAGCUGCAUUGGGAGUACAUUUUUCGUUCUAUUUUUAGUGUAGAUUUAAGCACUUUGAAUAGCAUGAUUCAGGGAUUGAUGGGUAAUAUUUGAUAUUCUCACAAUUUAAGAAACUUUUUUUCCUCUAAUGCUUUGUCAUAUUUUAAAAAUGAAAUAAAUGCAAAACAAGCUAUCUAUGGCUUUAGGAACAUUCCUCCCAAGUAUUCCUCUAUCAGCUCCAUAUGAGAACAAACAAAGGAAACUGUCAUGUCUUCACGUGCUCUAUGUUUAACAAAAGUUCUGUUGGAACUCACAAUAAAAUGAGAAAAAAAUGCA